CAUAUAAUGCUCAUCAGAAAAGUGAAAUAUCUUAGAAACCGGUCUAUGUUUACAAUUGUGCCAAAACUUUAUCUGGAUUAAACUGGUCAGCACUUUGAAGAUAAUUCGAAGUCACAGCGUUGUCAUGCAUUCCUUGAAAAUGUAUCGUGCAACGGGGGGAAUAUGCAAACUGCAGCGUGUUUUCGGAGCGGCACAAUGUCGGACAAAGGUUCUGUCAGUGGAAAACAUGAACCCUCAUGUGAAGAAGAUGGAGUAUGCUGUGAGGGGUCCCAUUGUCAUCAGGGCUGGAGAAAUUGAAGAAGAGUUGAGACAGGGUGUUAAAAAGCCAUUUACCGAAGUGAUUCGUGCAAAUAUUGGUGACUGUCAUGCUGUUGGUCAGGAGCCUAUUACAUUUCUAAGACAGGUAGUUGCCAUAUGUACCGAUCCAGACAGACUACUAAAUGAUCCAAAUUAUCCCAGUGAUGCAAAAGAAAGAGCUCAAAGAAUCCUUAACAGCUGUUCCGGACAGAGUAUUGGUUCAUACAGUGACAGUUCUGGCGUUCGUGUGAUCAGGGAGGACAUUGCCCGCUAUAUCACAGAGAGGGACGGGCACCCUGCUGACCCAGUCGACAUCUUCCUGAGCACUGGAGCUAGUGACAGCAUCAAGACAAUCAUGAAGCUGUUGAUGACAGCCAAGGAUGGGAAAGACCGAGCUGGCAUCAUGAUCCCCAUACCCCAAUAUCCACUCUACACAGCCACCAUAGCAGAGUACAACGCUUACCCUAUUGGCUACUAUUUGGAUGAGUCUAACACGUGGGCAUGCAACAUCCCAGAGUUGAAGCGUGCCAUCAAGGAGGCCAGAUCCGAGUGUAAGCCCAGGGCCAUCGUGAUCAUUAACCCUGGGAACCCUACAGGCCAGGUGUUGUCCAGACAGAAUAUAGAAGAGGUCAUUAAGUUUGCUAAGGAAGAAAACCUUUUCCUAAUGGCUGAUGAGGUAUACCAACACAAUGUCUACGCAGAGGGCUCUGCUUUCCACUCAUUCAAGAAGGUGCUGAUGGAGAUGGGCCCAGAAUACAACACCAUGGAGCUGGCUUCCUUCAUGUCCACAUCAAAAGGAUACAUGGGGGAAUGUGGGUUCCGAGGUGGCUAUUGUGAGGUGAUCAACCUUGACCCCGCUGUGAAGGUCAUGCAGCUGAAAUCCAUUUCUGCCAAGCUAUGUUCAUCCGUGAGCGGUCAGGCAGUGAUGGAUGUUGUUGUCAAUCCCCCUAGGCCAGGAGAACCUUCCUAUGAUCUCUUCAUUAAGGAGAAGGACUUUGUUUUAGGGCAGUUAAAGAAAAAGGCCGAGAUGGUAACUAAAACAUUCAACUCUAUAGACGGAAUAUCGUGUAACGUCGUUCAAGGGGCGAUGUACGCGUUUCCCAACAUCAAACUUCCUCAGAAGGCCAUACAGGCUGCACAGGCUGCAGGCAUGAAGCCAGAUGCUUUCUACUGCUUCCAACUGCUUGAGGAGGCUGGUAUCUGUGUUGUGCCAGGAUCUGGCUUCGGACAGGUGGAAGGCACAUUCCAUUUCAGGACAACUAUUCUACCUCCGUUGGACAAGUUGACGGGAAUGAUGGAGAAAUUUAAAGUGUUCCAUGAAAACUUCAUUAACAAGUACAAGUAGAGAGUUGACCUUGAAAUGGAUAGGAGUAUUAAAUAGCGCUUUUUGAGACUUAUACAUGUUUAUUGAAUAAAUGUUAUAUAAUAUUCACCAGGUGUUUUCCAUGUACAAGCUGCCAAAUGUGUUAUAUUAUUAUGAUCUAUGGUCAUCUUGUACCGUAUUGGAAAGAACUUUGCAAUAAGUACCAAGAGGAUAAAUUACAACGAUACUCACUUAUACGCAUGCUUCUUAUUGAACGCUAUCCUUGACUACAUGGUACAUAGGAGUUACUAUACCUACUACACUGGAGAAUGAAAUCAUACUCAUAACUCACACUUAUACUAGUGAAUAUUGUAAAUAACUUGGGCAGUGGUCGCAGUGACUGUUAUAUCCAUGUUUUUGACUCGUUUUACAUAUUAUAUUUGACAUAUUAUACUAUAUAACAUCACUUUUACUUAAGAAGAUCCCAUGUCUUUUGAACGACCUUUAUAACCCAAGUUUACAACAAAGUCUAGUCUUUUGUGUAUGUGUGAAGUAAGUAUUUUUAGAAAUCAAUGUUACUGGGAGCAGGGCAUGAUAUUGAAGGGCAGGAGGACUACAAAUGCAACAUCUUAUUUAAUACAACAUAUUAUUGAAGUCAACAGAAAAGUGCUAAUGUUAUAUUUAUGUUAUAAAAGUGCUAUCGUAAAACAUUUCUUGAAAGCAUUUGGUUAUUUGCACGGUGUUUGAGAAUGAUAAAACACCUCAUUGUUAACAAUAACCGGGGAUAUAACUAACGUUAAUGUUUCACAUGGUGAUGAACAAUUUUUAUUGAAUUUAUUAUAAAAAUAUAUUUUUGACAACCACAUAAAGUUGCACUUGAUAAGAGCUCUGUGUUUAAAGCCACUAAGAAAUGAAUGUUAAAUUGGAUUUUGGUAGUUCUUUUUUUGUAUGGAAUAUUAAGUAUAUUUUAAUGAGAGUCUCCUUAUGUGUUCCAUAUUAAAAUGUGAACAUGAUUCUUUCUUACUUUUAUUAAAAAAAGAGACUUUUUAUUUGCUAUUUUUCAUCUUAUAUUGUAUGAUUGUUGUGUUGAAGAAUCUUGUUAUAAUAUUCAUGGAUGGUUGAUGUCACCUGUGAUUUUAAGUACUUUUUGAGCUUGUCUAUUUUUAAAAGAAAAUAGUUCACAAAACCUUGGUGUCAUUGGGGAUGUGGUCAUUCAAAACAUUGAACCUUUCCAAAUAUCCGCAUGGAAACCCAGUUAGCAACUUUUUUAUGACAAUUAGCAUAUUUGUGUUUAUCAAGGCCAAUGACUCUUGGUUCAAUAAUUGUCGAGCUACACACUUUUACUACAUUAGAAAAACUGUCUGGCGUUGGCCUCCACUUCUUAUGCAUUUUGUUAUCAUGUAUUUGCUUAUACUUGAUCAAGUGUAGUUUGUUUAAAGCUUAAUUAUUUCACACCAAAACUUAUGUCCCAAACAGACUACAAGUAAUUCUUUUCUUUCUGAACUGGCAUUAACUCUUUGGUGCUGAAUAUAAUGCGUGUUUUUCGUGACAUAUUAUGUAUAAAAGAUCUAGUUAUUGUCUUGCCAAUAAAUAUAAGUCGCUUUAAAAAAAAGAGAUUUUGAGACAUCAAGAAUCUCUGUAUGGAUGUUAAGAUACCUGUAUGGAUGUUAAGAUACCUUUACUAUGUAGGAGGUGCAAAUAUCUGCUAAAAGCUGUCUUUAUGAUGGUGGAUCUGAUUUUUGUUUUUGAAAUCUUUAGGGUUUUGGCUUUUUUGCAAAACCCCUCCACUGUUACUAAGGUUAUGCUGCACUGAACGCCAUAUUUUGCUACACCAAAUUUAUGUAUAACUUUGUAAUUUAAAUAUAUUGUUUUACUCAGUACAUGUCAUGAAUAAACUACAGAUGUUUUGUUGAAUGCAGUGUGAUUUAUAAAAAAUAUGUGAUA